CGGGGGGCGGGCGGUGCCGCAGGGGCGGCGCCCGGGAACAUGGCGAAGACGUACGACUAUCUGUUCAAGCUGCUGCUCAUCGGCGACUCGGGCGUGGGGAAGACGUGCGCGCUCUUCCGCUUCUCCGAGGAUGCCUUCAACGCCACCUUCAUCUCCACCAUCGGCAUUGAUUUUAAGAUUAGAACUAUAGAGCUAGAUGGCAAGAGAAUCAAGCUGCAGAUAUGGGAUACCGCCGGGCAGGAGCGAUUCCGCACCAUCACAACGGCGUACUACAGAGGAGCCAUGGGCAUUAUGUUAGUCUAUGACAUCACCAAUGAAAAGUCUUUCGAAAACAUUCGGAACUGGGUCAGGAACAUCGAAGAGCAUGCCUCUCCAGACGUCGAAAAAAUGAUCCUUGGGAACAAAUGUGAUGCAAAUGACAAAAGACAAGUUUCCAGAGAGCAAGGGGAGAAGCUUGCAGCGAGCUUUGGAAUUAAAUUCAUGGAGACCAGCGCAAAAGCAAAUAUAAACAUAGAGAAUGCAUUUUUCACUCUUGCCAGAGAUAUCAAAGCAAAAAUGGACAAGAAGUUGGAAGGCAAUAGCCCACAGGGCAGCAACCAGGGAGUCAAAAUCACACCAGACCAGCAAAAGAAAAGCAGCUUUUUCCGAUGUGUUCUUCUGUGAGGGACACAGCCUUAAUCUGAGCGCCUGCUCAGCCCAACUGGACUGUGCCUGCUCUGAGUGAGACUUCUCUGUCUGUGGACUGUAGCGUUUCCAGCAAACCUUGUCACUCUGUGACCAUCUGAAUAAGAAAUUGUUUAUUUUAGUAAUUGUCUGACUCUUCAAUUUUGGAGAUGAAACAAGUUUAUUUUUGUCAGAUUGCCACUGGGCAGGCAUUGUGUGGCAGAGGAGCACAGAUCGAACGUGACCUGUAAGAGCACCUCUGCUGACAGGCUUCAAUCUCCCUGUUUGUAUCUCUAGCGUAUCCAAAUUAGAAAGAUGAAGUUAUAAUCAAAAUCAGAAACUGAAAUGCCAAUAUCAAUAAAGUACAGGUGCAUGUACUUGGUACAUCUGCAGAUCUGUGUCUGGAUGCAUAUAAAGCAGCUGCAUCAAAGCAACGAUGAAUGCACUCACGUAGGCAGUUCGGGCUGCGCCUUCCCAGAGGCUAUAAGGAAGCUUUCUGCACAACUCCUUGCUACUAGGGAGACAAUUCCUCGAGCUGCUGUUCUUACUCAGCUGUGUUGUUGUAGACAAUCCAUGAGUACAAGUGGAGUUUAAAGGAAAUUGAAAGGAAUCUGUUUUUUAGGGAAAGCAAAGUGUGCUGUAGGGGUGCUGGUUCCGCACUGCCAGGAGUUCCUUUAGCUGGGUUACAGAUGACCAGACUUAAUUAAGCGGGCUGCACAUCCAGCAGGAGAGCUGCAGAUGUUCUGCACUCGGUUUUUGGGGAAACAGCCCCCAGGGACACGUAUCCCACCUGGACACCCCAGGGAGCAGCUCUUCCUUCUCUAGUUGAAAACGGCCCCCGAUCUGUCCUGAGUAGAAGCUAGUUAUAAAUUGUGACCAGAAAAUGUCUUGCACUGCUUCCAGCUGUGUGAUCUGAUGCACACUCGCUCACAUAUGCAAAUAAAUGUUGCACAUAUGAACACUUUCUGAAAACAAACUUUUAAAGCUGAGAUUUGCCUUGCUGCCAUGUAUUGAUCAUUGCAGAUUUCAAGCAGCAGCAACCUGUUAAUAGCAUGCAUCAAUGCAAAUGAUGUUUAGUCCUCAGUGGAAAUAUUUAUUCUUACCAACACGUCGAUUACAUUCCAUUGUAUAAAAUGUAACAGCCUAGUAAAGCACCUGGGUAACUAAUUGCUCUCAUUUGAGAGGCUGUAAGCCUGACUAAUUAGAUUAAUAAAAGGAGCCAGUAAGAGCAAUCUGCUUAGAAGUCUGCUGUCAGUAAUUGGAGUUAUGGUAUAUUUAACCCAAGCGAACGUAUCAGCUGUGUCCUGCAACUCACUGGAACUGUUCGUGUGCUGCUUUGUUUACAUUGAAAACUGCACUUAAGGAUAAAAUUAAAGCUCACUUUAAAGUUAAUGAUUUAAUAAUGAUUACUUACCAGCUUUGUUUUCUUCAGUUUUCUGGUAAUCUGUCUCGGCCUCAGAGGAGCACUCCUAAGUGUUACUGGAGUUAAUUAUAAAUCUGAUAGAUUUUUAAACUUAUCUGCAGCAUGCAGCUGAGCUCACCAGGAAUACUGCCUGCUUUCUAAAAGGAAAAAGGAAAUUGUACUGUGUGAGUUACUGGCUUAAAAAUGCAUUUUAAAUGCCACCAACUUGUUUUUAAUAGCAGAUUAAAAUGAGCUCUGUUCAUUAUUAAAUUUAUAUGUGAAACCUUC